GUUCGCGCGUGCAUACACACAUUCGUGCAGCUUAUAUACGUUAUAUCGUGCAGUCGCGUGCGCCUCUCAAUCCAGGCCGCUGUGUGUGCAGUGCAGGCAACGGCAGCAGCGUCGAGCGCGAUCGCGGGGACCUACUUUUGCGUUGCUCUCUUAUCUCCUCGUUCCAGAUAGCGUCCUUGACAAAAAGGCAGAUCGCUGCAGCGCGAAGCUUCUCCGUCUCGCGGCGAUUAUUCGCUGCAUACGGAACGCGUAUGUGCAGUCCGUGAUCGUACGUUUCGCGCCGGUGUCCAGCUGCUUACGGAACGUACGCCGUCGCGUUCGAAUUUUAAACUCGGCUCACGAUGUGCGGUGCGUAUAGUUGAUCGGUGCGUAACUCCCUAGCGAGACUACUACUACUACUACUACUACUACUACUACUCGAGAGAGAGUCGAGUCUGUCAAAAAAUAGCAGACGACGAUGGUGUAGCAGUACGUAUAUUUGUGUACAUAUACGCGUUCGAAUACGAUAUGUGGUGCAGACACUGGGAGCGUUAGGUCACUGGCUGCCUUUGGCGCGUCUCGCUCGUUCACCCGCAUACCACGAGCAGGUAUAGGCGCGAGCGCAUCUCUCUUUCGCUCUCUAAACAUACAUAUAUACGCGGAGUUGUGUGUGUGUGUGUGUGUGUGUGAGCUUCAUAAAUGCAGCACGAGACCGGAAGUUGUUAGUGCGCCGAGUGCGAUUUUCCCAAAGAUCGUCGUUCUAUGCCGAGUAAUACGACUUUGAUUUUUUUCCAAUGAGCUUGGGAGCGCAACGAGGUGAAACCGAAAAGACACCGAUCGACGUACGGAGAGCCGCAAAGAUGACAGUGACACCCGGUGAAAUUUCUUGACGAAGACACAUUGUCUCGUUACAGGGAUAGGAUAGAAUUCCAACUGCUGCUGCUGCACGAUUGAUUAUUAAUUUUAAUGGGCCAUGGCUUCGAUACCAGUGCACCAAAGCGAGGUGAUAGUGCCGACAUCUUGGCCAAGGUUUCACGCUUGGCGCCGCAGCUGCAACGAAUGGAGCCGAAGGACGAGGGCCUCGGUUAGAAAAAAAUUUCAGGAAAAAAAUUACGUGGACGAUGACUUGGAAACGGCGCUCGAACGAAAGGAACGACAACGGAGCAUUUACGUGAUUUACUUCACGAUGUUCCUGAUGUCUCUUGCCUUCAGCAUUGUACUGACCGGAAAUUAUCCGUAUUUAAAUAAGUUGUUCAAAGCACCCACAAAGGAAUUUAUGGGGCUCGUCGUUGCGGCCAACCCUUUCGCGCAGAUGCUCUUUUCGCCGCUGGUUGGCUGGUGGGGCAAUCGGCGCGGCUCCGUCAGACUGCCGCUUCUCCUCAGCCUGGCCUUAUUCACCAUUGCCUCGGCCCUCUACAGCGCCCUGGAGAUAAUACCGAUCGAUCGUAAAGUCAUGUUGGUCGCUUCGAGAUUUCUCGUGGGCGUCAGCUCGGCGAACAUAGCGCUCGCUCGCUCUUAUCUGUCGGCUGCUACCAGAUUCUCCGAGCGCACCCAGGCUGUGUCCAUGAUCUCCCUUGCUCAGGUGCUUGGUUUCGUUGUAGGACCACUGCUGCAAUCGAUCGUAGUACCUCUGGGAGAAGACACGCGGCUCGUAAUGGGUCUGCCCAUGAAUAUGUACUCGGCGGCCGGCUGGAUCAACGUACUUUUGGGAAUGCUUAAUUUCUACCUUUUUUUGCCCUGCAGCUUCAAAGAGCGCAAAAUCGCCGCGAGGGAGGCCAUGCGAAAUCAAGGAAAAGCAUCCGAAAAAGAAACGUGGAAAUCUAUGAAACCGGAUUACCUUGGUUCGUGGUCUCUCAUAAGUGCCUUCUUUAUCUUGGUCUUCAACUUCGUGCUCAUAGAAACGCUCGGAUCACCGCUAACGAUGGAUCAGUUCGCUUGGGACUCGAAAACAUCCACGUUUUACAUGGGAAUACUUCUGGGCGUUGGAGCUGCCGUGGCAGUUAUCGCAUUCGUAUUGAUAGGGCCGAUGUGCAAAAAGUUCGACGAGAGAAGAAUUAUGCUCUGGGGUGGCUUUUUCCUCAUGAUAAUCGGUCGAAUAAUUUUCAUUCCUUGGGGGCCAGAUCCGCCGUUGAUUGCUGAACUUGGACCCUACAAUAACGAGACUCACAACGAGGACGGCACGCGCAAAGUCGGCUGCCCGAGCACUCAGGAAUGGUGUCGCGACACUCUGCGCCUCACCGAGGUGCAAUUCAUCAUCGGCUUCGGCUUCACGACGAUCGGCUAUCCGGUCGGGGUCACGCUCAUACAGACGAUCUUCAGCAAAGUCCUCGGGCCCCGGCCGCAGGGCGUCUGGAUGGGCCUGAUGACGGGGGCCGGCUGUGCCUCGCGCGUCGUCGGCCCUCUCUUCGUGACCAUGAUCUACGAGAAGUACGGCCUCUACUGGACCUUCGGCGUGACGGGCUCGACCCUCGUCGUGUCCAUGAUACAUCUCAGUCUGGUUUACAAACAUCUCGUGCCGCUGACGAGCCAGAAUCAACAUCAGGCCGACGUGCCUCUCGUUCCCAUGGGACGCAACGAGGACGCCUCCGAUCGGAAUCCGCUCGGUAACGGCGAGCCGCUGCAGCAGUCGAGCAGCGAGCAACGAUCCGAGCCCCCGGAUCCGUCCUGACUUUUGCACGCCAAAUAAGCACUUCUGUCUUUCAUCGAUCGAGAACCCAAUAUAAAUCAAGCAACUAAUUCAAUUACGGUACAAAUUACAAAAUAAGUCUAACGAGAGUUAUUGAGGUGAGAAAAGUCGGGAUAUUUUUUACGAGUCUUACGAAGCAGCCACUGGUCAUCGCGAGUGGAAUGACGACUUUCAUGUUUAUAUUUAUGUAUAGGCGCACGGAGGAGGGAAUGGGUAUAUUAUUCACAUCGCGAUCGGUAUUUUUUACCACGGGCGGCACUAAACGAGGUUCUUUAAACGAAUACGCCUAUCGAGCUAUAAUUCCAUUCAGAACGAAUUGCACCCGCAGUUAAUUACAUAGAUUGCCCCGCACACAGCACACACACACACACACACACACACACACACACACAGACAAUACUAGCCUAUGCUCCUGCAGAUCUUCGCCCUGCAUUACUAUGCUAACGGCUAAAUGAUAUAUAGGCAUCUAUAUAUAAAUAAAUAUAUACGCGGGCAGACCCUCGGCGUUACGGAUGGCCAAUGUUGUGAUAAUCUAUUUUUGCAAGUCAAUCAUCCGUGUACGCGCGAGCACGCGAGUCGACGCCGAUCAUCGACAAACCGAUAAAAGAACCUUUUUUCAUCCCAAAAAAAAUUUACGAUCACUCUGGCUAACGAUGUAUACACAUCUUUGCAAGAAUUUCGAACGGUUUUGCAUUAUCAUACUUGGAAGGACGAGCCGCGCGCAGGAUUACUUUUGUUUGCUCAACGGACAUUAAAAGCUAUACGUGCAAUCGGAACAAAAGCUUCCUGAAGACGGUUCUGACAAAAAAACGACCAAUGUAAAAAACGAGGCGAUCACGAGGAGAAGAAAAAAUAAUACACCGAGAGGCGAAGCAACCGAAGGAGUUAGUUAUCGUAACAGAAACAUCUUCUGUCAUUAUAUUCCCGAGUAUUUUUCCCGGUAUAAUCUCAUAGGUCUCGGCGCCUGGCACGCAGAUUCUCUACGCUUCCGUUUUUACGAGAGCGCGCAGGGAUUUUACUUUCGCGUGUGAGAGAGAGAGAUGCACAAAAUUCUCGGGAAAAAGACUCGCUGGACGUGGGAAAAUUACAAGAUUGCAGCCUCGUACGUCGCUAUUUUUUUUCCUUCGAUUUUCUAUGAAAAAUUAACUGGCGAAUCGGCUUACUUUUCGCAAACCUGAUGGAUCAGCGACCAGAACUUAUAAUUAAUGACUUACUUACUGCAUCUUGCCAUGUAAAUAAGUUUCUCUGCCUUACAGAUCAUAAAGCCUAUUCAAGUACAUCAAGAUGUUUGGAAAAUACGAGUUUUUUUUGACUCGAUGUGACCGAAAGUAUAAAAACACAAUCGCUGUGCUCAAAUUUAAUUGGAUUUGAUUUUGAAAUAUUGCAGCUAACGUAGUACAUGUAAAUAACAUUAUUUGUACGAAUAUUUUGAUAAACAAUGUUUUUAUAAUGUUUUUGAAUUAGAUUUAUAAUAGUACUUACAUUAGAAAACUUUAUAAGAAAUUUUAUUUAUAAAUAAAUUAUUAUUAUGAAUUUUGAGAAGAUUAUAUUUGAGUGUAUUUUUAUAUCGAAAAUGAGAAAGAUUUUAUCUGUAAAUAUAAAAUUCACCGAGGAGUAUUUAAAUUGCCUCAUCGGUUAUAAUGCUGUUGUCAAUAAAAAUAAUAUCGAUUGGAGAUGAAAAAAUUAUUUGGCUAUUUUCAUUCAUAGCAAACGAAACGUUCAAGGAAUGUAAACGAGUUAUUUUAAAAUACAAUUAGCCAAACGUGUUCUUGACCAAUACGGUGCUCAUAAAAGUAAGAAAAAACGCUUCUCGCGACCAAAAGAGCAUAUGAAAAAAAGAAAUAUUUGUUUAUCUCAACUUUUAUGGUCAAAAUUCUUCACUCAUUAUCUUAAUUUUUAUCAUGCCAAGGUCAUGUGAUACUUUUUAUAGUUGCUGUAACACUACGAGAUCGUUCGAUAUUAAUAUCUACUAUUAGAAAUUCAUUAUACUUGGUUAAUUAAGAAUUUGUAUGUAAUUUAUGUAUAAUAUGAGAAUAAAAUAAUUGGACCCAUAA